AUGAGUGCUACCUACCACGCCCCUCACCUUGUCUCCUACGACAGCCAUGUUCUUCCCUCACACCCUUCCUCAGUUGCUCAGGCAAGAGGACCUAAGGCUGUUAUGGCCGAGGCUGCGAGAGCCCCUCAAUAUUCUCGGUAUCAACAACCCGCCAACACGUAUUCCCAACCCCCGCAACCGGUAACGAAUCCGGCCUCGGGCACUAGCCAAUACUCAACCACCUCUCGACACUCGACUCGCCCGUCAACACCGACUUCAGGUGCCAUUGGCAAGCCAGAUGACACUUCAUCACGUAAGGGCUCUUCGGCUCUCGUUCUGCACAGUCUGUCGAUACCGAGCUGCAUUAAUCCCAAGGGUGGUAACUUGGCCGACUUUGCCGCACAGAUUACGUGCCUCUUUUGGUUCGAGUCUAUGGACACCCUGCGAAUCGCUGAGAACAUCCGUUCUCGUCCAUCGACCGCCACCGUACCUCGCCUCACCGAGUAUGCGACCCCCUUCCCCCAGUUCAAGAAGUGGGCCUACAGCGUGCUCUCGACGACCCAAGUCACGCAAAACGUGAUUCUGUUGGCCCUGCUUUUCGUCUAUCGAUUGAAGACGACAAAUCCUUCCGUCAAGGGUCGGUCCGGUAGUGAGUAUCGUCUUUUGACGGUUGCCCUCAUGCUGGGCAAUAAGUUUUUGGAUGAUAACACCUACACGAACAAAACCUGGGCCGAAGUCUCCGGCAUUACCGUUCAAGAGAUCCAUGUGAUGGAGGUCGAGUUCCUCAGCAACAUGCGCUACAGCCUGCUGGCCACCAAAGAGGAGUGGGAGGAAUGGCUCGUAAAGCUGUCUUGCUUCUCGGAAUACUACGAGCGGGCGCAGAAGCAACCGACUUCACCUUUGAACAAGUCCUUCACCUCGCCGGUCCCAUCGCCCAUCGCCGCCGCACAGCCCGCAAUCUCUUUCCCGCCCCUGACGCCUUCUGCCGCAAACGUCUACUCACCCAGCACGAACACGCAGAGCAACACGCAGGCUUGGCCCUCGACAUACCAUCACAACCCUCAGGUGUCACCACUUUCUGGCAAGCACGUCCCGGGCAUGAAUAUGCAUGCUCGUAAGAGAAGCUCAGAGGAAGAUCUGGCAGAGCCCCCAGCGAAGCGACUUAGCAGGCAGCCCAAUGCGAUGCCCCCUGUCGGUAGACCUAUGGCGGUUAACGAGCAGCCGAUGCGUCUGCCCGUACCGAACCUGACGCUGAACACCAAUCCCGCACCAUCACAGGCACAAAUGUACCCGGCCCCGACGACCUACCCGGCGCAGCAACACGUCUCCUUGCCGCCCUUGAGCAACGGCGUUCGUGCCAUGGCAACAGUGUUCAACCCUGCCACGACAGUCUCGAUGCCGCAGCUGCCCAUGCCAGCCACGACCUCGAUACCGCAGGCCUCGCUUACGCCAUCGAAUGCACCGAUGCAUCCCAACAUGGGAUACGGCACUCCGACCAAGAGACACAGUCCAGGAAGUCUCUCUGUGUAUGCGUCUUCGCCUCUCGGGGAACAGUUCCCGGCAUCUGUCAUGCACACCCCGAUCUCACAUACGCCCAUGUCACACUCGCCCAGCGUUUAUCUUCAACAGCGACCCAGCCCGUACAAGCCUAUUCGUCAUGUCAACACACUGCUUUACCCUCCGCCAUCGGCUUCCCUCAACGAGUAUCAUCUGCCUACGACACAGAUGCAUUACCAGCCUCUCGGGCGGCGCAACGACCUGCGAACCGGUGUAGUUCCUGAAUUCAUGCAUGCGCCCUACAGAAUGAGCGCUCACAUGCCGCACAUGCCCCAUGGUCUGCCGCAGGGACCUUUCCCGAACUAG